AUGGGAGCCUGGAUCUGUCUGCUCUUAACCAUCAGCGUUCCUGCCGAGAUGUCACCACCGCCCCAGGCUUUCACAGGACCCCAGCAGAGGGGCAGCCCGCAGUCCACACUGGCACCCCAGGAUCCUGGGGGUCCUCCCACCACUGCCCUGGGUCCUCCAGCCGUUCCCUCUGGGGGCCAGCCUCACCCUCUCUUGGCCCCUGUUGGCUCCUUCCUGGAAGGUUCUGGAGCAGAUGGAAUGAACCCAUCUUGUAACCUCACAGGGAUGGGAGGUCCUUAUCGUUCUCAUGGGCAGCAGCCACUCAGGACGCAGCACUACACGAAGCAUCGCACACGUGCGCCCGUGGGCUUGCUCGCCCACCGCCCUGCCCCCACACGCCCCCACUCCCCACGGGGCAUCGCAUCACCUGAAGGCUCAGAGAGGUGCGGCGGCUCGUCCAAGGUCACACAGCACAAUGAGCAGAACCUGCGCGCCUACGGCACCCCCACCUCACCCCGGUCUCUCCAAGCUACGCCGCUCGCCGGGAUCCCGGGCCCUCGCUUCCCCACGUACUGGCCGCGCGCUGGCUGGAGUAGAAAAAGUUUCUGGGAGAGGAAGGGGCGGAAGACGACGCCGCCCAUCCCAGACCCGGACGGCCACCGCCGGGCAAGGGGCGCAGAAAGGAAGCGCGCUCCGCCAGGUCCUCGGCGGGGUCCCACGCCCGCAGCCACUCUCCGCCGUGGGGUUCCCGGGGUAAUUCCGGAUUCUCCCCCGAAACCAUCAGGGUGCUCCCGAAGCGCGCGGACUCCCGGAGCGCCGUCCCCCACCGCCCAGCAUCCGAGCGUCCCAGGCGGGCACCGCCUGCGCCCCCAGCCCGGCCGCCCGCGCGCGCGCGCUCUUACCCGGAGACGGUUCGGCGUGGCGGCCCGAGCUCGCGGCGAUAGCGGCGGGCAGGACGCCGUGCUCCCGGCCCCUCUCGGCGCGUCCCGGCGUCCGGCCGCGGCGGCUCCGCCCGCUCCCUCGCGCCGCAGUAGUAACACCUGCCCCGCGCCCGCCGCCCGCCAAUCCCGAGGCCGCUCUCGGCCGUCCGCACUCGGCGCGGGCCCGGCCUCCCAGCGCGACCCCCGCCUCACGACCCGCCCCGCUCGGGCCCGGGGAGGGGGAGAAGUUUGCGGUGGGCGGGGCCGGCCGCGCGCCCCCGGCGACACCCGGCGCGCCCCGCCACCCACGGGCGCUCCGAGCCUCUCGCGCGCCGGGAUUGGCUGCGAGGGACAGCGGGCGGGCGCCUCCCCGCGCUCGGGGACCGGCUCGCGGGCGGGAGGGAGCCGAUUUGCUCCGGGGCUACGGAUGAAGGCUUUCCUGGUCGGGAAGAGAAAAGGGAGGCGAAGAAGAGCGGCGGAGACAAAGGCUGGGGAGGCGGGGGGCGUCCGCCCGGAGCCCAGGUUCUUCCCGCGCCCCCGGGGGGACAGGACGCGGGCGGAGGGGCCCUGCGGGGAGGACACAGGACCCCCGACCCCGCCCCCAGAGGGCACCUCCGUGGGGCCUCUCGGGAAGGCCGGGCCUGGGCCCCCCACCCCAGCACAGCGGCCAGAGGGGCAGCGGGGACGAGGAACCCCUGAGCCCCUCCUCCGGCCUCGGCACCCAGCGCCCGGGCCUCCGCACCCGCUCAGCCGCGUGGAACUUGGCCGGUGUCGGCGCCCCCGCCCCUCCACUCGGCUCUCGGGAGCUCCCUCCUCUCUGCUUGCUCCCGGCCUGCAGACUCGGAAUCCGGAAUCAAGUUUGGGGUUUCACCCUGGAAGUGACACCCCCAAAUCCAGUGUGUUGGGAGAGAGCUUAGCCGGGCUCCCCGGGGCGCCUCACCUCUGCAGCGGCAGAGCCGAGGAACCCCCGAAGGCCCCAGCCCUGCACCCCUUAAGUGUCCCCUCCUCCCUGCGUCCCCAGCCCGCCAGCCACAUCGGCCACCGCACUGCGGCGCGGCAGCGCUGGCGCUGGGCACCGACCAGCCAGGCACGGGCCAGGUCUGCGGAAAACGCUGACUCGGGGUUUACAGGCUGCAAGCGCGGGAGUGUGUGGCACCUGCACUCCUGGCUGGGGGCACGCGGGCGGAAAGGGGGGCGAGCGGACCCGCGCAGAGACCCUCUGGUCCGUUCUGCUGACCCCUCACAGGCCUCCCGUGGAGCCUCUGCCCACGCCGCCCCCGCCUGCGCCGUCAUCCUCCCUGUGCGUGUCGCGGGUCACCCCUGGCUCUCACCACCCCCUCCCCAGACCGCGGGCUCGGGGGGCAGCACACCACCUCAGCGCCUCCGUGGCUCUCAGGCUCCUGGAGUCCUGGCACUGCCUCUGUAUGCUGUGACCUUGGCCUCGAAUGCCAGCACAGCAUCUCCCCACAAGCCACGUCUGGCUAAGUCCACGCUCACGGCCCAGGAGGGGGCCCCUACGCCGCCUCCACAGAGACCCCCGAGCUGCCCCCGACCUGAGCUGAAGCCACUGCUGCGGGCUUGGCAGGGGGGCGGCUGUCAAAAGGGGCCCGGGGAACUCGCUGGCGCCGAUGCGGGAACCGGCACCUGCUCACCCCGAGCCUCUCCCAGAGCAGUGGCUCGUGUGCCACCGUUUGCGUCCCUCCGUCAGGCGGGGCUGGAGAGCUGCCCCGGGGACACGCCGCAUCCACAGCUGUCCGGGACCUGGGCAGCAGGUCAGGGCCCCCACCACCUGCCGGGAAACCCCUCAGAUGGGCACUUCACCCCUGAGGGUUCUCAUUCUCCCAGGGGGCACGCAACCAGGAGGCACCUGGCAGGGCAGCUGUGGAGGCUCUCGGGGGGAGGAGGUUUCCUGCAGGAGCAGACUCGGGCCAGAGACGCAGGCCCCGAGAAGAGCGGAGUUUGGCAGAGGCCGCGAAGAGGAAAGGAAUUGGGUCUGAGCAAGGAGGCUCUUCCCCGAGAAUUCAGGAAGCCCCCCUGUGACCGCGUCAAGAGCAGCCUGAGGCCCGUGUUCAGGGCGUGA